UGGUAGUUUCUUAUAUUUGGUACAUUCCAGAUGCGCAUGCAUUGUCCGCCAUCUUGGGAAACAACGAAAAUGUCUCGAUACUCUCGGCCACCAAAUUCAUCGCUUUAUGUACGAAAUGUCCCAGAUCAGACGAGGCCAGAAGAGUUACGAUCAAUGUUUGGGAAAUAUGGUCCACUAUCAGAUGUCUAUGUUCCAUUAGAUUACUACACAAGAAGACCAAGAGGGUUUGCAUACAUUCAAUUUGAAGACCCACGAGAUGCAGAUGAUGCCCUGUAUCACCUGGACAGAACAAGGUACUUCGGGCGAGAAUUGGAGAUCGAGUUUGCCAGAGGAGACAGGAAAACCCCAAAUCAGCUCCUAAUGGUAGAAGAACAAAAUCUAUUCUACCCAUAA